AUAAGAAAGAUAUAUUCUUUUAGAUAUUAUUUUGAUUUUUGAGAUACCGGCUUUUCUAUUAAUUGAAUCAGGGAAUUUUUUGUGUGUUUGAAUACAAAUUCUAUAAGGACAGAGUAUGAAGCUUAGUGUCGACGGACUAGAAGUUUAUUUCCCUUACGAGUACAUCUACCCCGAGCAGUAUGCAUACAUGGUGGAACUCAAAAGGGCACUAGAUGCCAAAGGGCAUUGUCUGUUGGAGAUGCCCUCAGGAACUGGCAAAACUGCAACUUUAUUGUCAUUGAUUGUGGCAUACAUGAUAGCCCACCCUGAGAAUGUACGCAAACUUAUUUAUUGUUCUCGUACAGUUCCAGAAAUUGAAAAGGUGGUCGCAGAAUUGAAGAGUUUAUUGAAUUAUUAUGCAAAGCACACGCAUUCGCCUCCAAAGAUGACUGGUUUAGUUUUGAGUUCAAGAAAAAACAUGUGCAUUCAUCCGGAAGUUAGUAAGCAGCAUGAAGGCAAAUCAGUGGACGGAAUGUGUUUUGGCCUAACAGCGAGCUAUGUUCGCGAAAAAGCUGAAAUAGACGGAAAUACUCCUACUUGUCAAUAUUAUGAAGGUUUUAAUUUAGAGGGCAAAGAAUCAACACUUCCCGAAGGAGUUUACAGCCUUGAUUAUUUGAAAGAGUAUGGAAGAUCGAGGAACUGGUGCCCUUAUUUCACGGCACGAUAUGCUAUUGCAUAUGCCACAAUUGUUGUCUACAGUUAUCAUUACCUACUAGAUCCAAAAAUAGCUGAAGUCGUUUCAAAAGAACUGCAAAAAGAAUCAGUUAUUGUCUUUGAUGAGGCACACAACAUUGAUAACGUAUGCAUAGAUUCAAUGAGUGUGAAAAUAAAUCGAAGGAUUGUAGAGCGGAGUACACAUGCUAUCAAUAAUUUACAAAAAAUAGUACGAGAUAUUAAAGAAGAAGAUACAAAUCGAUUGAAUUAUGAAUACCAAAGAAUGGUGCAGGGGCUAAAGGAUGCGAGUGAAAGACAAGACACAGAUAUGGUGUUGGCAAACCCACUUUUACCAGCAGAUGUUUUGAAAGAGGUUGUUCCAGGCAAUAUUCGUAAUGCCGAUCAUUUCAUUAACUUUCUUCGUCGUUUUGUUGAGUACAUCAAAACUCGUCUUCGCGUCCAUAACGUUGUUCAGGAAUCACCCGCAAGUUUUCUUAAAGAUAUUGCUGCAAAAAUAUGUGCAGAUAGAAAGCCUUUAAGAUUCUGUGCUGAAAGACUAGCGAGCCUCUUAAGGACACUUGAAAUAACAGACAUGACUGAAUAUGGUGGCCUAGUUGUGAUAACUCACUUUGCCACUUUAGUCUCAACUUAUACAAAGGGCUUUACAAUCAUCAUUGAACCUUUUGAUGACAAAACUCCCACCGUAGCGAAUCCUAUUUUGCAUUUCAGCUGUUUAGAUUCAUCGAUUGCAAUGGCUCCAAUUUUCUCUCGCUUCCAAAGCGUUGUUAUUACUUCAGGUACUUUGUCUCCAAUGGAUAUGUAUCCUAAGAUUUUAGAUUUCGAUCCCGUCGUUUUAAGUUCCUUUACUAUGACAUUGGCAAGGCCAUGUUUGUUACCUAUGAUUGUUUCCAAGGGAAAUGACCAAGUAGCUAUUUCAUCCAAAUUUGAAACACGAGAAGAUACUGCUGUAAUAAGAAACUAUGGACAACUUUUAGUCGAAACUGCAAAAAUUGUUCCCGAUGGUAUCGUUUGCUUUUUUACAUCAUAUUUGUAUCUAGAAUCGGUAGUGGCAUCUUGGUAUGAUCAAGGCAUUGUCGAUACUCUAUUGCGUUACAAACUUCUUUUCAUCGAGACACAGGACAAUGCAGAAACAAGUUACGCACUUAUGAACUACGUUAAGGCUUGUGAUUGUGGACGUGGUGCGGUUUUGCUGGCAGUUACCAGGGGAAAAGUAUCGGAGGGUGUGGACUUCGAUCAUCAAUAUGGAAGGGCAGUUCUUAUGUUCGGUAUUCCCUAUGUGUAUACUCAAUCAAAGAUUCUUAAAGCUCGACUUCAAUAUCUCAGAGAUAAUUUUCAAAUAAAUGAAAAUGAUUUCCUAACUUUUGAUGCUAUGCGACAUGCUGCUCAAUGUGUUGGUCGUGUACUUCGUGGAAAAACUGAUUAUGGAAUUAUGAUAUUCGCCGAUAAGCGUUUUUCUCGCCAAGAUAAACGUGGUCGCUUACCAAAGUGGAUUCAAGAGUAUUUAGUUGACAGCUACUGUAACUUAAGUACCGAAGAAGCUAUGCAUUUAGCUAGAAGAUGGUUAAGGCAAAUGGCACAGCCAUUUACACGAGAAGAUCAACUUGGAAUAUCCUUGCUCACGUUAGAGCAAUUAGAGAACUCUGAAAGAAAAAAACUUGAAAAACAAUAAAAAAUAAAAUAAAUACAUUUUUACAGGA